CCUAGCGCUCGUCUAGUUAAGCCACAUGUCCCACUUCCCCCGUUUUAUAGAUAAGGGUGCCUCGCAUUUACCAGCAUUUACCACUCAUCGUGUGCCUGGCGCUGUCAGUGAACCCCCAGGGUAGCCCUCUCGGUUCCUGUUACGGUUUCCCUAGAAUGAGUUAGGCUCAGAGAGGUUGGUGAAUUUAGCUGAGGUCACACAGCUUAUAACCGGUGGGGUCUCAGGAGGUCAAAUCACUCCCAGCUUGUUUGUGUGGCAGAGUUCAAAUUUGCAGUAACUGGAGCGUUACAGGACUGCACUACUGCUAAACCUAAUCGGAUUCUGGUUGACGAUGGCGGACGAUCACGAGAAAGACUUGCAGAAAUUUCUUAAAAAUGUGGAUGAAAUCACCAGUUUAAUUCAGGAGAUGAAUUCUGAUGACCCGGUUGUACAACAGAGAGCUGUCCUAGAGACAGAAAAGAGACUGCUGUUUACAGAGGAAGUCCAAGAGGAGGAUGGAUGCCGGACCACGCUGAACAAGACCAUGAUCAGUCCUCCACAAGCUUCUCCUGAGAAUACAGAUGAAAUAAACUCAGAAGCCUUCUUGGCAUCCGUGGAGUCGGAUGCAAAGGAACGUGCCAGAAGAAGAAGGGAGAACAAAGUCUUAGCAGAUGCCCUAAAACAGAAGGGGAACGAAGCGUUUGCCAGAGGUGACUAUGAAGCGGCCAUCCUGUGCUACAGUGAGGGUUUGGAGAAGCUGAGGGAUAUGAAGGUGCUGUAUACCAACCGAGCCCAGGCUUAUAUAAAACUCGGGGACUUCCAGAAAGCAGUAGUGGAUUGUGAGUGGGCUCUGAAGUGUGAUGAAAAAUGCACAAAAGCAUAUUUCCAUAUGGGAAAGGCCCAUCUGGCCCUGAAGAACUACAGUGUGUCUAGAGAGUGUUAUCAGAAGAUCUUAGAAAUAAACCCCCAGCUGCAGACCCAAGUGAAAGAAUACCUCAAUCAAGUAAAUCUCCGGGAGAAAGCAGAUCUUCAAGAGAAGGAAGCCCACGAAUUGCUGGAUUCGGGAAAGAACACGGCAGUGACAGUCAAGAAUGUCCUGGAGACUCUCUGCAAGCCUGAUCAGACCCCCUUGUUCUAUGCAGGAGGGAUUGAAAUCCUGACUGAAAUGAUAAAGGAUUGCCCAGAACAGACUUUAUUCAGAACACACAAUGGAUUCAGUGUCAUCGGCGAGAAUGAGGUCAUAAGAAGGUGCUUCUCCACGGCAGGGAAAGAUGCAGUAGAAGAGACGGUCUGUGUGUCCGUCCUCAGACUCUGGCAAGCAGUGUGCGCUGGGAACGAGGAGAACCAGCGCCUGCUGCUGCUGCGCCCCGAGAUGGGCGGCCUGCUGCCCUCCCUGCUGACCUCCCGCAUUCUGGGCCUCCGGAAGCAGAGCCUGGCCCUGCUGCUGCAGCUCGCCAGGACGGACCACGGACGGAGCCUUGUCGUCGGCCACCUUGACCUGACCCGAUUGUUGGAAGCCCUGGUGUCCUUUCUUGAUUUCUCAGAUAAGAAGGCCAACUCUGCUAUGGAACUGCUCACAGACUUGGCUCUGGAAGAAAGAUUCCAAGUCUGGUUCCAGGCCAACCUUCCAGGUGUGCUCCCGGCACUCACAGGUGUUCUGAGGAGAGAACCUACAAUAACCAACACGUCAGCUCUCUGCCACUGUAUUGCCCUCGUGGGAAACCUUAGUGCUGAGGCUGCCGUCCGAAGACAGAUGUGUGCCUCUGAAGAGUUCGGGGAUGCCUGUCUGGGCCUCAUGGCCAGGUGUGAAGAGGCUGUGGACCUGUUCAGAGACGUCCUGUACACGCUCCUGGGACUUGUGAUGAACUUGUGUCUUCAGUCCCCCUUCAUCUGUGAGGUUUGGGCUGUGGAGGUGAGCAGAAGGUGCAUGUUUCUACUCAACAGCCAGGAUGGAGGGAUCCUGACAGACCCUGGAGAGGCUCAAGACUCCAGAACACCAGGUGCUACAGAGGCUACAAGUAAGAGAUGGGGGACCGCGUGUGGCAAUCAGAGAGCCGCUGGCGUCCUCAGCCGCACCCUGUCUUCCUCUCGGAAGAUUAUUGAGGAGGCCCUGAGAGCAGGAGUGGUGAAGAAGAUGAUUAAGUUCCUAAAGACAGGAGGCCAGACCGCAUCACGAUAUGCCGUGAAGAUACUAGCUAUCUGCACUAAUAGCCAACACGAAGCACGAGAAGAAGUGAUAAGACUGGAUCAAAAGUUUGGCAUUCUGCUGAGGCUGCUCAGCUCAGAGGAUGAGAUUGUGGUGGCCAACGCUGCCCUCUGCCUGGGGAACUGCAUGGAGGUGCCCCGUGCCGCGUCUUCCCUGCUGAAGACGGACAUUGUGCAGGUGCUGCUAAGGCACGCAGGUGGCGACGCCCAGAAGACAGCCGUGCAGCUGAACGCAGGGAUCGCCCUGGGGAAGCUGUGCACGGCCGAGCCCAGAUUUGUCGCUCAGCUGAGAGAGCUGCACGGGAUAGAGAUUCUCAAUUCCACCAUGAAGUACGUGGCUGAUUCUUAAGAUAUGUGGCGUCUGUGCACAUUUUCAGCAUCACGGGACUGUGUGCUAGGGGUGGUUCCUGUGCUAAUAAAGACUGUCGGAAUGGCCACUCCAGA